AGGCUGCACCAUUUGGAAUUUCAACUCGUGAUAGUCAUGAGUUGUAGAGACCAAAAAAAAGAGAGAAAAGAUUAAAUGUAAGAGAAAAAAAGCUGCAUAUGCCUCCAUCUAGUAAGCAGAGUGUGGGUCUGUGAAGAAGGUGUGACCAAAACCAUUCGUACAAAAUGCCCAAAGGAGAUCACCAAACAGAUGGCAUCUUCAGCAGAGGGAAGCGAUACACUUAUCUUACAGCAGAAGAGGCUGCAGGUAUUGGAAUCCUUGUUGUGGUUCUUGGAGUUUUACUGAUCAUUGGCUGCUGGUAUUACAAAAAACGAUGUGGCUAUAAAAGUCUUCCGAGUAAAAGCUCUGGCGCUGGCAGGAUGAGAAGCAUGGCAAGUGAAGAUGUCCCACUGGAUAGCAAAGCACUUUUACAGGAGUGCAGCAAUUUUCACUCUGUGGUACCUGAUGCUCCACCAGCAUAUGACAAAAUCUCUGCAGCACCAUCACCACCACCUUAUUCGCCAUGAUGUUGAGUCAGUUUUAAAUGCUAAGUAUACCAACUGAUUCUCUUCGUGCUUUUGCUUAAACUCACAUGCAAACCUAAUGUUCUUUAUGGGUAAACUGUAAUAAUAAAUGCACAUUUCCAUGAAUA